CUCCCUCCCUCCCGCCGCCUCUCACUCCCCGAUGGCGCUCCGCCUCCUCGCUUUCUCCUCCUCCUUCUCCUCCUCUCUCCUUCGCUUCUCCCCCACCACCUCUCCUCGCUCCAUCCCCUCCUCCUCCUCCUUCCCCCAUCUCCCCUCUCCCUCUCCCUCUCCCUCAAACCCUCUUUCUCGAACCCCACACUCCAAUGGCGCUCCCCGACUCCGCCCAAUUUCUCGUUCCCACGCUCCGGGAAGCGAUUCCGGCCUAGCUCCGCUUCUCCCGACCGACGACGGUGCCGCCGCCGCCGCUGCGGAGCUGGCGCCGUCGGAUUCGACGAGCAUUUGGAAGCAGAUGAAGGAGAUCGCCCUCUUCGCGGGGCCGGCGACGGGUCUCUGGAUAUGCGGGCCUCUAAUGAGCUUGAUCGAUACAAUGGUUAUUGGACAAGGGAGCUCCCUGGAGCUCGCCGCAUUGGGGCCGGCGACGGUGUUCUGCGACUACCUCUCCUAUAUAUUUAUGUUCCUAUCCAUUGCUACUUCCAAUAUGGUUGCUACUUCACUAGCUAAAAAGGAUAAAGAAUUAGUGCAACAUCAAAUAUCAAUAUUGCUGUUUGUUGCUUUUGCUUGUGGCUUGGGAAUGUUUAUGUUUACAAGAUUGCUUGGUCCACAAAUAUUGGCUGCUUUUACUGGGCCAGAGAAUCUUCAUAUAGUUCCUGCUGCAAAUACCUAUGCACAGAUUAGAGGUUUUGCUUGGCCUGCAAUUCUUGUUGGCAUGGUUGCUCAAAGUGCUAGUUUGGGCAUGAAAGAUUCAUGGGGUCCUUUGAAGGCUUUGACUGUUGCUAGUGCCAUCAAUGGCUUUGGUGAUAUUUUUCUUUGCAGUAUAUGUGGUUAUGGAAUUGCUGGUGCUGCUUUGGCAACAAUGGUCUCACAAGUUGUUGCAGCUUUUAUGAUGAUGCAAACUCUGAACAAAACAGGUUUCCAGGCUUUCUCAAUGUCAAUCCCGUCGGUUGGAGAGCUUUUCCAGAUAUUUGAGAUUGCAGCUCCUGUUUUUGUAACAAUGACAUCAAAGGGUAAAGGAGGCUUUGUAUGCUUUGUAUUAGAAAAAGUUUCUCAAGGGGGGGCUCUUUCUUAUGUCGCGUUUUAUUCGCUCCUUACAUAUUUUGCAACAUCGAUGGGAACAAUCACUCUUGCAGCUCAUCAGGUUAUGAUUAAUGUGUUCUGCAUGUGCACUGUUUGGGGUGAGCCUCUCUCACAAACUGCACAAUCAUUCAUGCCGGAGUUGAUACAUGGAGUCAAUCGCAGUUUGGUGAAGGAAGGGCCUGGGACGUAAUUUCUUAGUGGCACUAUAUCUCCCUUUAUUCAUGCCUUUUUAUUAGUUUUAAAAAAAUUGAACCUCAGAGGCUCAACUGAUCUCUUGUUUCCCCUCUAACCUUCAAAAAAUUAAUUAAGUGUGUGGAACAACCAAAUAUAAGAAGGCUGCUAAACAAAAGCCUAGAAACAAGCCAAUCAUUGCCACACAUCUUUACAGUUAGUCAACACCAUGCGCUAGUAAUAUUGUUCAUGCACAAGUAUUUUUGUGCAAUGGGCAUGAGGGACGCCGACAUGCUUUAGCACAAAACCGUUUUUAUAUGUCUGCACGGUUGGCAAGGGCUAUACCUAUUUGCACGGUGGGCAUAGGUGGCAUGUGCAGACCAUGUCAGACUGUGCUAAUUGGCACGGCAAUCUUUGUUCAUGCCACAUUAUUGAAAAUAGAGUGACAAAAGGAUUUGAUCCUAAUGUAAUCUUGUAUUAGUGAUGAAAAGUAUUCUGAAUAUGUGAUGGAAAAGCACAUUCACUUGGAGAGCAAUUUGAUGAAAACUGGAAAAAUAUAUCUUAUUUUGCAUAAAUUUU